AUGACUACAAUAAGACUCUUUGGCAAUGACAUCAAAGUCGCAGAGAAGAAGGAGGUAAAGAGCAUAAUGUUAUUCGGAACACGGAUAUUUUUCCAGUCUCCAGCAUUGAACAACAAUAUGGCAGAUUUGCCUCCAAGAAGUAUGCGUUUGGCUAUUGAGUCUUUCCGUGGGAGUAGACCGAUUUACAUGGGCUGGAAAUACUUGGAGAACUCGGACAUCAACGCGAACUUGAGCAGGUUCUUAAUUCCAGUUGAGUGCUGCUCGAAAUUACUCCACUACAUGACUCGGUUGGAAAGAGAAAAGAUACUAAACAAAGAUGAUAGAGGUAUUAACGUGGGUGUAAUGGAUCCAAAGGGUAAUUUACAUGAUAUGAAGUUUACUGGAUGGAAGAGUUUGGGGAGACUUGUGUUUAACAGAGGAUGGAACAAUCUUGUCAGAGAUAACCAAUUUCAAAAAGGAGAUUUACUUGAACUCUGGCACUUCAGAAUGCCUAAUAAUAAACCUUGUUUUGCUAUAAAUAUCAUUAGGUACUAG